AUGAACUCCAUGAACCACUACGCACCGACUUUCGAAUGCGAAACUUGCACCCGCGAGUUCUCUUCUCAGUCGGCUGCCAAUCAACACAUGAACGCCCUGAACCACUGGAAACCCACCAUUCCAUGUGAGAUGUGCACGAUGAAGUUCCGCACCCAGACUGCCGCGGACAGCCACAUGGCUUCUAUGGGACACUACAAAAACUAUUGCCGAGACUGCAAUCGUCGCUUCAUGAACGACAAUUGCCUGCGCCAGCAUCUGAACUCCAAAACCCAUCGUGGCACUACUGUCUCCUGCCCGUGCUGCAAGACAAGCUUCGUCACUGCGAGCGGUGUCUCCCACCACCUGGAGAGUGGAUCGUGUCCCAAUGCUGCCUCGCUGAACCGCGACAGAAUCCACCGGAUCAUUCGGAGCCUCGACCCAAACGGCGCUAUCUGCAAGAAGCAGAUUGGCUGGCACGACGAGCAACCAUCCGUAACCUACUCGGUCACCCCGCGUGCAUUCAACGGUACCUCCUGGGUGUGUUACAUCUGCAAGAAGUGCUUCACUACAUCGAGGGGCCUGGAAGCACACUUGAACUCGCCCGUGCACAAGGAAAAAGUUUAUCAUUGUCUCAAACGAGGCUGUCCCAAGGAGUUCCACUCUCUCGCUAGUUUGUUCAGUCACCUGGAGAGCGAGUCCUGCGGAUUUAUCCGGUUCGAGGGUGUUCAGCAGGUCCAUAAGCGAAUCAACGAUGCUAUCUUGGGCAACAGAAUGAUCACCGGCUUCUAA